AUGGCGUCCACGACGAAUGCCCGGGACCCGACAUUCCGCAACUAUGAUUCUUCGUCGGCGGCGAAAUACCUCCAACACCGCCCCAAAUACUCGGACAAGCUGAUUGAUCUGGUCAUCUCGCAGCACACCUCUUCCGGCGGAGAACUGGGCCUGGUCAUCGACGUGGGUUGCGGACCCGGCGUUGCGACCCGAUCUCUGGCGCCUCAUUUCCAACAUGCCAUCGGCGCGGAUCCCGGUGUGAGCAUGAUCGAGGCCGCAAGGACUGUCCCUACUUCCACGAAAUCAGGCGAGCUGAUCACGUACGAGGUCCGCUCGGCUGAGACGUUGAGUUCAUUAUCUGCUCUGAAGGAGUUUUCAGGAAGUGGGAAGGACGGUCUGGAAUGUGUGGAUCUCAUUACGGCGGCGACCGCGGCACAUUGGUUCGACAUGCCUCGCUUCUGGGGGGAAGCGGCCAAGAUUCUCAAGCCCGGCGGCAGUGUGAUCAUUUGGUGCUCCGGGGGUUAUCGGGUUGAUCCGAGCACCCCAAAUGCGGAGAAGCUGCAGGACUGGUGGAGAAUGUUUGAAGAGGAGGUGCUCAGUCCUUACGAGUUGCCCGGAAACAGGUUGGCUCGGGAGCUGUACGUCAAUCUGGGCAUGCCGUGGGAGUGUCUUGAGCGAAUCGACGGCACGGACCAAGAACUGAAGGACCUGCUGAAUGAGUUUGACGAGAAACAGUUCGUUAGGAUCCAGUCCGACAGGGACGGGCGCAUGUCCUCUGAAGGUGCCGUUUCAGAGUUUCUGAGGGUGGACUUCGCGAAGAUCAAAGCGCUGCUGGGCACGGCGAGCCCGAUCACCCGGUGGAGAGAAGCCAACAAGGAAAAAGUGGAAAAGGGGGAGGUGGAGGACAUUCUGGAAAUGGUGGUCAGAAGGACCAAGGAGAUAAUUGAGGAGGUACCGGAGGGGAAAGGGAGGGAUUAUAUCGAAAGCGGGAGUGGGAUGGUUGUGUUGGUUGUGAAGAGGAAAUGA